GUUCUGUCUGCAGCCAUGGACUGGAAGAAGUCUUCAAACUGUUCCAGAGUCAACUCCUCUACUCCAGCCUCUUCUUCAUACCCACCCAUGCCUGACUCUUCACCCACCUUGUCCUCCUCCUGCUGCAACUCCUCUCAUCCUUUCUUAUCCACGGCCCCAUCUUUUUCUGGUCUGGACCUACUGUACGACCUUAAGCCCAUCUUUAUCCCCCUUUACUCUGUCGUGGUGCUGGUCGCCUGCUCCGGCAACCUCCUCCUGCUCUUUCUCAUCUGGAACAACAAGAAAACACACAACACCACAAACUUCCUCAUCAGCAACCUUGCACUGGGCGACCUGAUCAUGUGCAUUUUCUGUGUCCCCCUGACUGCAUCCUACGCUUUUGACCGGCAUGGAUGGGUGUUUGGUCACCACAUGUGUCUUUUUGUCUCCAUCAUGCAGUCUGCAGCCGUCUACGCCGCCGUGCUGUCCCUCAUGGCCAUCGCAGUGGAUCGUUAUGUGGUUGUGGCUUAUCCCAUCCGCAAAAGAGCAGGGUGCCAGUUCUGCUGGGGCCUGGUGAUCCUGAUCUGGCUCUCCUCUCUGGCUUUAUCAACACCUACAGCCCUGCACACCAUUCACCUGGACCUGCGGGCUGCGGGGCUUCAGAUGGCGGUGUGCGAGGAGUUCUGGGAUGGCCAGGAGCGAGGCCGUCUCAUCUACUCCUGUUUCAUUCUCUUCUUCUCCUACUUUGUCCCACUGGUUGCCGUCUCCAUCUCCUACUGCGCUAUAUCCUAUCAGCUGAAGCAGAGGACCAUGUUGGGCUUGACGGCAUGUCAAGAGCUGAGAUCUGCAAGGUCUGCAUGGAGCAGGCGGAGGAGGAAGACCUUCUACCUGCUGCUGGUGUCCGUCCUCUGCUUCGCUUUCUCGUGGCUUCCCUUACAGGUGGUGAACCUGAUCCGCGACCUUGACUCAGACUUCUCAAUUUUGGGGAAGAAUUACGUAAACAUCAUCCAGGUUUCGACUCACCUGAUCGCCAUGAGCUCCGCUUGCUACAACCCUUUUAUCUACGCCUCAUUGCACAACAAGUUCCUGUCCUACAUGUGUCGCCACCUCCUGCCCCAGAGGAGAAGAAAAGGAAAGGACAGGGGUCAAAGGUCAAGCAUCAUGACAAUGUCACACAGAGUGCUGCGCCUCCACACCUCCACAGAAAUACCAGGAGCUGUUGUACUUAACACCAUUCCUCAAGACAGCUACGCUUAA